AUGUUUUCCGCGCUAAAAAAGUUAGCAAGAGCUGGAGAUGAACGCUGCCCGGCUCCAACACCGAUGUCAUCCUCUCUACAGAAGAAGUUUUCAAGAGGAGUUCAUUUUAACAUGAAAAUUCUGAUAAAAGGAGAUAGAAAUGUGGGUAAAUCUUGCCUUCUGCAAAGACUUCAAGGGGGACCUUUUAUAGAGGAUUAUGUACCUACAGAUCAAAUUCAGGUUGCUCCUAUACAUUGGGCUUAUAAGAAUAGUGAUUACAUUGUGAAAGUAGAAGUAUGGGAAGUGGUGGAUAAAGGUCGGACAAAGAAAAAAUCUCCUGUAGGUCUAAAAUUGGAGAACCAAGCUGCACCAGCUGUUGCAGAAGAUGGAUAUGAUACAAUAAUACUAGAUGCAACAUUUCUAGAUGUUUAUAAGAAUGCCAGUGGUGUUAUAUUGAUGCUAGAUAUCACUAAACCUUGGACAUUCGAAUAUGUAGUGAAGGAGCUAUCUCUAGUACCAGCAGACCUACCUGUAGUAAUAUUGGGUAACCACUGCGACAUGCAGCACCACCGCCAAGUACAUCCUCACCACAUUGAACAGGCUCUACAUCAUGCCAAAAUGACUAGAACGGCGCCAAUUCGCUACGCAGAAGCUUCCAUGAGGAACGGCUUUGGACUACGACUACUGCACAAAUUUUUGAGUGUGCCUUUCCUACGACUCCAAAGAACAAGCUUACUCGAACAGCUGCAGAGAAACCAGAAAGAUAUGGAAGAAAUUGAAAAAGACCUUGACGAUUAUCAGAAUUCCGAAGAAAUUCACUACAAUCUAUUCGUAGAACGUCUAGCGAAUAAGCGGCGACAGAAUACGCCGGAGGUGCGGCCCGCCAAUGACCGCUCGCCAAGCAUCGUCUUGGGAGCCGGCAAACCCAUAGUGCCACCCAAUGUCAAUCCACUUCUAGCACAAUCACUGAAUCCAAAGGGCAUCAAAGCUCAGCAUGCGCCAGAAAUGUCUCAACUGAAGCAGACGCAAUAUGUGAGCCCGGAACUCCUCAAGCCUAAACACCCUGUCAGUCUCGAUAUGACACCUACAAAGAUAUCUCAAGAUGGUAGCACAUCUAACACACCAACUGGCACGACUAUAUCGGCGUCUUCCGGCGUACUCGACGAGUUCUACGCCGGGACCCUCGAUAGCAGCUUUUUAGAAGAUUUAACUCCUGGGAUCUCGCACACUAAUCAGGAAGGCGGAUUUGAGAGUGAGAGCGAAGACGGUGACACAACUAAUCCAAUGGUAACAUUCGAGGAAGAUGAUCUUGAAGACUCAACUGCAGUAGAAAGCAAACCUGUAACAAACAUAGAUAGAACAAGAAUAACUUCAAGUCUCAGUAGAGACGAAGACUUGCGAGACCGAUUAAUGUCUCAAAUGACGAUAAACCAAGACAGUGUUGAAACAGAGAGCAGUGAUAUGGGCAGCAUAUCCAUAUUCAGCAGAAGCCGUCAUGAGUUGAACAUUGAAAACGAUUUUCCGUUGUGGGCUGGUGAUUCUAGCGCCAGGAGAUCACCUGAAGGGGGUGAAGACCCGGAUGUAGCGAAAGAACCUGACGAUAAGGUAUACUCCAGCCAGUUCUACUGCGUUAACUCAGUUUUUUGUUUACGUAAAAGUCAUUGUAACCAUUAAUUAUUUAAAGACGCGACAUAAAUGCUUAUUGAAAAAUCAUAGAAAUGAAAUAUAACUGAAGAAAAUAAAAAGUACGAAUUCAAAAGCGUACACCAACGCUACGUGGUUAUAAUAAAAUCACACUUUUAUAAAUAAUUAUGUAAAUGUCAAUUUCGUACCAAUUAUUUAGAACAAAAUCAAAAUAUUAUGUUUAAAAUAUACAA